UUUAUUUAAUUGUGAUUUCUAACAGAAAUGUUGUUUAGAUUUUUGACUCAGUAAAUUGCUUGAUUGAAUAAAAUGAGAUGUUUAACUAUAUCAAAAAACAAUGCGCUUAUUGAGUUUUUCUGUAACUACGUGAUGUGUUGUGUAAACAAAUAUUAAAUAAAGAGUAAUCGAGGAAUGAUCUGCAAUUUUUGGAAAUAAUUAUGUGCAAAUUAAAUACAUGCAUGUGCAAUACAAUAUAUAUAUCAUACAACAUGGAUUAAGUAGUGUUUCAGAUAUACAUAUAUAGACACACAUAUGUACAUAUAAUAUAUAAGUAUGCAAGUGUGUCAUUAAUAUGUUGGAAGAGUUAGUGUUCAAAACUCCAAAUCCAGUGAAAAUUAGUAAAAUAUACCAAUGAAAAAUGUUUAUUCAUUCGUAUAACCUGAUUAACAAUCGGAAAUAUCAUAUACACAAACAAUCACCAGACAAAAAUGAGCAAAAACUGAGGGAUAGCUGUGUGUUUAUGAAUCAUGGCAUUUAUCCAAGUCCGCUUACUGCCAUAUAAUGGUUGAGAUAGAUAUAAAAUUCAACGCUAUUUGGUAUAUAGUUUCAAUUAUUUCUUCAAUGUCAACUGGGACACAAUCAGACGUUAGUAAAAUGACGCCCAUAAAAAACCAUUUUGGGGAUUCCGGCCAAUCGCAUUUUACAACAAAAAAUAACACACGUGUUAUAGCGCAAAAAGGUGGCUUGGCAGUCCUACCAUGUGUCGUCAAAUUAAGUUCUCCAGCUACAGUUUCGUGGAUCCGUCGUAAGGAUUUCCAAUUAUUAACAGUUGGACUAUCAACACACAGUAGUGAUAAAAGAUUUCUCGUCGAGCAUGCGCGCCAUAUGGGACACUGGUCUUUGAGAAUUAAAUCUGUGCGUGAAAACGAUCGCGGGUUGUAUGAAUGCCAGUUAUCCAUUUACCCUACGGAAUCAAUAUUUGUCGAACUUAAAGUUGUGGAAGCCGUUGCGGAAAUCGUAGGGGCCCCGGAUUUGCACAUUAAUGAAGGAUCAUCUUUGCGGUUAGAGUGUAGACUUAAAAAGGCAACCGAAAAUCCUGCUUUUGUUUUUUGGUAUCAUAACAGUAAAAUGGUUAACUAUGACGCACAAGAAGGAUUUUCUGUUACAUCUGCUACAAUGGGUGAUACUACUUUGGAAGAUGAACCCAAAAUUAUCUCAGAAAAAUCAUUGACUAUUAUGGGAAAGAAGCUUAACAGUGAUACUCGAAUGGAAAAUAAAGAUAACAUGCAUAAUACUGAAAAGUCGUUGCUGUCCGCAUUCAAACCACAGCUAUCUCCAUAUUUAUUAUCGCCUACAUCUAGUAUUUUGACAUUAGACGUGGUGCACUUUCACCAUGCUGGCAAUUACACUUGCGCUCCUUCUAAUGCGAGAUCAGUCAGUAUUACGGUACACGUUUUGCGAGGUGAAAGUCCCGCUGCAAUGCAACAUGCCAACCACAGUACUUUUGAGAUUGACAACAAUAAUAGCAGUAUCACCGGAUCAAAAUUUCCCAAUAGUGGAGCGAAAGGUAUCCAAGUUCUAGAUGAUAUAUUAAUAGCAGUUAUGAGAUCACACAUUUACUAUUCCAUACUUUUUGAAUGUAAAAUAAGAAUAUUGAUUUGGAUUAUUAAUUCAAUUGUAUUAUUGUUAUGUAAUGUGCAGUGUUAAAAAAUAAAUAAAACCAUUUGUCAUUUCACUAGUUUACAAUGAA